GAGCAUCUUGCAUUUUCAGAACGCAACAACAGAUACCUAAAUCUCAUAUGCUGAAGUUUGCAUGCUGUAGGACCUUCGAAGAUGUCUCUUAACCAGGUAUACCCCGAGAACAAUCCGGAUGCUAGUAAAGCUGCCAAAGUCGAUAUUAUCUUAGUUCACGGCCUGAAUCCCAAAAGUAAGGACGAUGAAGCACAUGCGUUGAAUACCUGGACCGAGAAUGGCAGACUCUGGCCUAAGGACGAUCUACCAAAGAGGCUCCCUGAUGCACGAAUAUCUCUCUAUGUAUAUGAUUCAUCAGCAGUUUAUGGUGGUAGCCAGGCAACUUUUGCCGACAAGGCAAAUGAGCUCCUGGAGACCAUUAGAUGCGACCGGGAGGACUGGGAGGGGAGGCCUCUCAUUCUCAUGGGACAUAGCCUCGGUGGUAUUUUGAUUGAGCAAGCCUUGAUAAAUGCUCGACAAAAUGAGACCUAUCAGCAUAUUUAUGACGCAACGGCGUGCCUGGCCUUUUUCGGAACUCCCCAUGAAGGUGGUUCAGGAGGGAUGGUUACCGCGGGGAAGACAGCUGCAAAUGUGGCUUUAUGGCUAGGAUUUCAAAAGGGGGACAACAUUAUUGAGACCUUGGACAAGGGUUCUAUGUUCACGGAUAUCCUCAAAGACCACUUUCGGCAGCAAUUUGAGAGUUACCGGAUGGUAUCUUUCUGGGGUGACAAAGACACAAUUGUCUCAAGAGAGAGCUCUAAAUUUGGGCUCGCUGGGGGUCGUGAGCGAAUCGUUGAGUUGAAAGCAGAUCAUCACGGAGUUGCAGCUUUUGGCCACACUACGAAGGAUGAAGGUAACCUGAAAAAGGUAACAAGUAAUGUGAAAUGGUUGUAUGAUGAGGCCCUGAAACUGGUUGACAAGAUUCAGAGCCAUCUUGAACACUCAAGGGCAAAUCCUAGACUGCAACAAAACGCCAUGCAAAAAACUCACUGCAUCGUACCCUUCGAAAAGAACCAUUGCUUUACCGGCCGUGAGUCAGAAUUGACUCAAUUGGAAGAAAUGCUUUUUGCAGAGGAUCAAACAAUGAAGGUGGCUGUAUGUGGGCUCGGAGGUGUAGGCAAGACGAGUCUAGUGAUCGAGCUCGUUUAUCGUAUUAGAAAGAAUCAUGAGAACUGCUCAGUCCUCUGGAUACCGGCUACUAACCUUGAAAGUCUGCAUCAAGCAUAUCUAGAUGUCGCCUGUCAGCUCGGUAUACGCGGGUGGGAAGAGGACUUGGCAGAUGUAAAAGGACUUGUGCAAGAGUUCCUGAGCAGAGAAAGUGCUGGGCAGUGGCUAGUAGUUUUCGACAACGCUGACGACAUUGAUAUGUGGGUUGGUACGCCGACGGAACAGGGAACUAAGCGUUUGAUCGACUACUUGCCUACAAGUAAGCUCGGUUGCAUCGUGUUCACGACACGCGAUCGGAAGACAGCUGUCGAACUUGCACAGAAGAAUGUGAUGGAAGUGUCAGAGAUGAGCGAAGACGUAGCUACAAUGAUGCUGCAAAAUUGUCUCAUUGAUCCGGACCUGGUCAACAACAAAACUGACACGUCGAGUUUACUAAAAGAACUCAUUUACCUCCCGCUCGCUAUUGUCCAGGCCUCAGCAUACAUCAACAAGAACAGGAUAACCUUCUCUGAUUAUCUAUCCCUCCUAGCAGACCAAGAAGACGACGUGAUUGACCUGCUUAACGAGGAGUUUGAGGACGACGGAAGAUAUCAGAAUGUGAAGAACCCGGUAGCCACGACAUGGCUAAUCUCGUUUGAGCAGAUCCGCCAACGCGAUCCUCUUGCGGCAGAAUAUCUAUCAUUUAUGGCUUGCAUAGAUUCGAAGGAUAUUCCACGGUCUUUGCUUCCUCGAGGCCAGUCCAGGAAGAAGGAGAUGGAGGCAAUUGGUACCCUUGACGCAUACUCGUUUGUGACCAGGCGUCUGGCAAACGACGCACUUGAUCUUCAUCGGCUAGUUCAUUUAUCAACACGGAAUUGGUUGAAUUUGAGAAAUGAAUGGGAUGACCGGGCAAAUGCAGCUCUGCAUCGGGUAGCAUACAUGUUCCCUCGGCCAAAACAUGAGAACAGGGCUCUUUGGAUGAGCUAUCAAAUACAUGCGCAGUGUGUUCUCACAUCGACUAAAGAUCGAGAGAAGGAAUCUAAAGAAUGGUAUAGUUUAGCCUCACAGAUUGGAGAAUGCUGCCUAAGUACGGGUAAGUAUCAAGAGUCUGAGAGCUGGAUCCGCCAGACGCUCAAGCUCACGGAAGAGGUGCUUGGAAAGACGCACCCGGAAACGCUCGCGACUAUGAGCAACCUCGCUCUAGUGCUUGAUAGUCAGGGCAAAUACACUGAAGCAGAGACCAUGAACCGUCAGACGCUUAAGCUCACAGAAGAGGUGCUUGGAAAGACGCACCCGGAUACGCUCGUGACUAUAAGCAACCUCGCUCUACUGCUUGAUAGGCAGGGCAAAUACGCUGAAGCAGAGACCAUAAACCGCCAGACGCUUAAGCUUAGGGAAGAGGUGCUUGGAAAGAUGCACCCGGAAACGCUCGCGACUAUGAGCAACCUCGCUCUAGUGCUUGAUAGGCAGGGCAAAUACGCUGAAGCAGAGACCAUAAACCGUCUGACGCUUAAGCUUAAGGAAGAGGUGCUUGGAAAGACGCACCCAGAAACGCUCGCGACUAUGAACAACCUCGCUGCAGUGCUUAAUAGUCAGGGCAAAUACACUGAAGCAGAGACCAUGAACCGUCAGACGCUUAAGCUCACAGAAGAGGUGCUUGGAAAGACGCACCCGGAUACGCUCGUGACUAUAAGCAACCUCGCUCUACUGCUUGAUAGGCAGGGCAAAUACGCUGAAGCAGAGACCAUAAACCGCCAGACGCUUAAGCUUAAGGAAGAGGUGCUUGGAAAGACGCACCCGGAAACGCUCACGAGUGUUUUCUGUCUUGCCUAUCUACUUCAAAACAAGAAGCAGUAUGAAGAAGCAUCGAUACUUUAUGUAAGGGCUUGCACUGGCUAUAAGUCAUCGUUAGGCUCCGAACAUCCAACCACGAAGGCCUGUGUAAACAGUUACUCUACUAUGCUUGAUAAUAUUAAAGAGACUAAUUAAAUGUAGUAGCACUUCGUGGCUAUGCUCGAGCAGGUAAUUAAGAUUAAACCAUGAAGAUUUCCUUUAAAGCCAUCCUACUCAUGUAAUUUUGGAAGAUGCACUUUUCUUACCUUUUAUGGUUGCUGUAACUCGUUGCAAAGUUGCGUUUCCUCCCGUCUGCGACACAACUAGUAUAGAAACCUGAUAUGUACCAGCCC